AUGUGCAAAGUCGUCAACCUGGAUUUUGAAGCCAGAGUCCCCGUUCCCUUCAGCAUCUUUCCGUCUUCCUACAAGGAGGACAACAAGCCCACUGAGGUGAACACCACCCAGACCCACGAGGAGUUCAGUGUUCAACUCCCCCAGCACCACGAACGGCCCGGACGGGAAGGUCAAUACUCUUCUUCAUACGUUGUCAACGAGUCCGCCAACAACAACUACCCUUACCGGGAAGAAGAGGUCCGUGUCACUCGUGAAGAGGAACGUUACCGCCGUCCUGGUGUCCGCCGAGAGUACAUUCGUGAAAACCGUCCCCGCACGACCUUCUCAGAGACUACUGUAGAGUACGAUUCUCGUCGCCCCAACUACGACACCGCCAUUGACAUCGCUGAGCGCGAAUACCGCACCCGCUACCAGCCCACGUACCACCGCGAAGAGGCUCGCACCACCUUUUCCGACACCACUGUCGAUUCCGGCCGCUUCCCCCAGCAGCAGGAACAGUCUUCGUUUGUCGAGGACUCUACCACCGUCGACGCACCGAUCGCUCGUCCUACCCAGGGCAGCACUUUCUCGCGCAAGUCGACCAAGGUCGUCGAGGACAUUCUUGAGCCGCAGGCUAUCACCCGCAAAUCCAACAAGAUGGGCUACUACGACGAGGAGGGCAACUACCACUCGUUCCGCCACGGCGUGCACAAGCUUGCUGACCGUCUGAUUCACCCUGAAGGCCGCGAUGUUGAGGUCUCGGAGUUCCGUGAGACGAUCCGCUCCAGCGGCGGUUCGUCCCGCGGUCGCCGCAGCGUUGAUGAGGACGUGCCCCGCAACACGGUGUCCAUCCCGUGCCACCACAUCCGCAUCGGCGAUAUCCUGAUCCUGCAGGGCCGCCCCUGCCAGGUCAUCCGCAUUUCGACCUCGGCUGCCACUGGCCAGCACCGCUACCUGGGUGUCGACCUCUUCACCAAGAAGCUGCACGAGGAGUCGUCGUUCGUCUCGAACCCCUCGCCGAGCGUCGUCGUUCAGUCUAUGCUGGGCCCUGUCUUCAAGCAGUACCGCGUGCUUGACCUGCAGGAGGGCAACGUCGUCGCCAUGACCGAGACUGGCGACGUCAAGCAGGGCCUGCCUGUCAUUGACCAGUCCAACCUGUGGGCCCGCCUUCUGCGCGCCUUCGAGUCUGGCCGUGGUUCCGUCCGCGUCCUGGUUGUCAACGACCACGGCCGCGAGCUGGCUGUCGACAUGAAGGUCGUCCACGGUGCCAGCCUGUAA